ACAAAAAAUAAAUACAAAAAUUUCAUAAAGACAAUAAUAAUAAUUCAAUUCAAAUAUCUAACAAAGUUAUUGACUUGUGUCUUCUCGUGGAAAAAAUGAACGUCAGUAGCGUUCGAGGUGGGAACCAUUGACCUGACACAAUGACAAGUCGGAAUCCAUUGCGCGGACGAAACGGAAGUUUAGACGGUUGCUCGGGGUGAACAGUGACAGCAGCAUCGCAGGAAACAAAAUUUCAUCCUUUCCCCCUGAACAAACCCGAGCUCCCCUUUCCCUCACCCAUGGCGUCCAAUACUAAUAUAGACAUCGAGGGUGCAACCCAGCAUCUCCGGGACAUCCUCAAGCUCGACCGCCCCGGGAACAGCACCGAUGGAAAUUCAAGUGAAAGUGGUAGAAAGCCAUCUUUUAAUGGAGAGCUGAAUGGGUUAUUGGGAACAGGCCUUCUGGGGAGCACUGAUCGGUCAACUAUGUCAGAAUCGACAAGACCCAUCUCCACAGAUCUCAGCAGUGCUCAGGAGAGUCAGAUAAUCUGCCUUUCUGGUGAUGAUGGCUCUACCUGUAUUCCAAUUACUUCUAACAAUGUGGAGAUUGUGGCAAGCCAAGACUCUAGCAUCAACAGCAAGGCUCGAGGCAGCAACAAGGUGAAGAUUCAGCCUGUUGCUAAGUACGACUGGGAGCACAAAUAUUAUUACGGCAGACUGAUAGCUGUGUCUAAUGCCUUCCUGGCCUACGCCAUCAGAGACCGCAGACUUGAGCGAGUUCUGGCAGAGAGUCAGAAUCAUCAGCAGCAGCUUCAGGAACAACUCAGCCAGCAUCUCAGCCAUGCCCUCAGCUCAGCUCUGACCAACAGAAUGGACAAAGUGCUUCGGGAUGAAAUGAAGAAAACAGUCCCACAAACAAUCUCUAAGACUUUGGAGCCAGUGACAGGCCAGUUGAACAACACAAUUGCUGCUAAACUGACCGCUGUGGAGGUCACCCUGAAGGACAAUGUUGGCAAAGUGGUGAAAUCGAAGAACACAACGGAUGCGAUUGGUCGAGCAGCAGCAGAGGCGAUGCAGGGGCCCAUUCAGGCAGCAUAUAAAGAUGCCUUCCAGAGCAUUGUGCUUCCUGUUUUUGAAAGAGGCUGCCAGUCCAUGUUUCAGCAAAUCAACGACAGCUUCAAACAAGGCACACAAGAAUACAUCCAGCAGCUUGAGACUCAUAUGAAGAACAGAAAGCAGAGAGACCAGGAUACACGAGACCCCAUGAUUGGCCAGCUCCAGCAGAUGAUCGACAACUUCCAGAGCUCCACUGAUCAGCUGGGCAACAACAUCACAGCUAACGUCCGGGCUGAAGUCCAGCAUCAGAUCCAGAUGAUGGUGGGAAACUUGCAGGAGUCUAUUCUUAGCCAUGUGCAGCGGAUUGUCAAAGGUGAGGUGAGCCUAGCGAUGAAGGAGCAGCAGGCAGUGGUCACCUCCAGCAUCAUGCAGGCAAUGAGGUCGGCGGCUGGCACACCAGUUCCCACAGCACAUUUAGACUACCAGACACAGCAGACGAACAUCCUGCAGCUCCUCCAGCAGGGCCAACUCAAUCAGGCUUUCCAGCAGGCUCUGUCAGCGACUGAUCUGAAUUUGGUCUUGUAUGUGUGUGAGACCAUCGACUCUCAGCAGGUGUUCGGACAGCACCCCUGCCCUCUAAGCCAGCCCGUGCUGCUUUCUCUCAUCCAGCAGCUUUCUUCCAACCUCACAACUCGCUCUGAGCUCAAAAUCAGCUACCUGGAGGAUGCGGUAAUGAAUCUGGACCACAGCGACCCCCUGACCAGAGACCACAUGUCGUCCGUGCUGGCCCAGGUCAGACCAAAGCUCUUUGCCUUCCUGCAGCAGGACCCCCACAGCCCGCUCAGCAAGAGGGCGCGGCGCCUGAUGAUGAUGCUACAGGGACUCGUCAACCACUAGUUGUCGGUUUAAAGGCUGCUGCCAAAGAGUGGUUUUCCUCUUGAUACCGAUCAUAUGUCCACCGUUGGUUUUUUUUGUUUGUUUGUUUGUUUUUUUCCCCCCGUGGUGUUUCAGAGGAGAAAGCACCAAGGACAGCUUCUCCAGUUUCUUGGAUCCUGAUCCGGAUGCGUCUCUCCUUGUUUCAUUUCUCCUCCUUCCCCCUUUUCUGCACCAGUGAAGUGUCAAGUCAAGAAAUGGACAGUUUUUUGUUUCUCAGUUUUUUGGUUCUUUUUUCUUUUUGUUGUUUUCUUUAAGACAAUAAUGGUCUGGGGUGAAAGCUUACUGUUGAUUUAUGUUCAGAGACUCUUAAGUUCACUGUAGCUACAUCCAGACCUUUGUUACAGCUGCUUUAUUGACCCAAGAGACCUGGUGGUCGACUCUUCCAUCAAGACUGUCUCAGCCAUGACAGCAAGAGAGCGCUGAGAUUCUUUCAUCCCCCUUAACAACAACUGAAAAACCAAGAAUGAGAAAAAAACAUACAAACAACCUGACACUGUUUGAUUUUACAUCAUCCAGACAUGCGUAAGACUUGAAGAAUGUCCAGCCGAGUGGUCCGUGUGAGGCCAGACGGGGCUGUUCCUUUUGUUGUGCUGUUUCCUCUAAGCUACCUGCCAGGCAUGUUUUGGGAUGCUGAACAAGUUUUGAUGCAGGGGGCUACUUCUGAGCAACAGAAAGAAAACAUGCUUUGCCUCAAAAUGUCGCCUUCUAUUUCGGCCUUAAGAGCAAACAGCAGGCUUGUACAUAUUGUUACUUUCUUCAACACAGACCAGCAUCCUUCUGCUAAAGCCUGGAAUUUGGUAGUCGUAGGAUUAUCCUCCCUUAGUUCAGUUUUUCUUUGCUUUUUCUUUCUUUUCUUUUUUUUCUUUUUGAAGCUAAUCCUGGCAACCAAAAGAAUAUGUACCACCCAAAGCCAAUUUUCUUUUUCUUCGUUGGUGGCAUAUUUCCUCUGAGCUAUUUCUUAAUAGGUAUCCAGCCUAUUAAGAAAUAGGUCUCCUAUUUGUUUGGCCCUUGCCAGACUAGAUCUUUGAAGAGAAUUGACACUAUAAACCUUUUUGAUAGACAAUAAUGCAAUUUGCUCAUGACUUUUUCACCUGCUUUGGUUUUAGAAAUCACUCUAAAGAGGAUUUUCUGAAGGAUACAUUGAGUGUGUAAGAAAGAAAGAAAUGUUUGCAGAGGUCUUCCAGGCUGUAAAGAAUUCCCCUUCAAAACCUGAAAUGUUUGGAGCUCAAUAUUGAAGCCGGCAGCCGUCCACAUGUACAACUCUGUCCUCAGACUUCUCCCCAUGUUUUUUCUUCCCUUUUUUAUAUAAACAUUUAGUAUUUGUAAGCCAUGUAUACUUGCGUUAAAACUUAAAAGUAGCUUAAUAAUUGGGAAAAAAAGGAACCUUGGUAAACAUUAAAUGUUACAGAUCCUGUUGUUUUACCUGGCAAUUGCAAAUAUUGCUUGUAAACUCAAUGUGCAGUGACUUCUCUUAGGCUCUAGGAGGCAGCACGUGGACAUUCAUCCUGCUUGAAAUUUAGGUUUUGAAUCCAGAAGUCAUUCCUGCUCUUUCAGUAUCAAUGAAAAGCCUGCCUUUAGAUUGUAAGCGCACCGUUUGUUCACAUUUACACUGAGUUAAAAGUGUAUAUUUUGUGUAGAUCCCAUUCACACACCUCAUUGUUUCAUGACGGGUGGCUGCACUGAAUUGCUGAUUGUAAAAUAAAAGUUCAGUUCAUUUCAUGCGUUUGUUCAGAAUCUGUUGGGUUUGUCUAGCAAAGUGCCUUACUGUAAUUUACCCGUUUUGGAUAACUUGUAAUGUUAAGGCAUUACACCCUGCCCCACACACACACACACACACACACACACACACACACACACACACACACACCUACCUACCUUAUCCAUGUAAGUUUUACAAUCAUUUAUGUCACUGAAAUAUGUGGGAAGGCUCAGGCACCACAGCGGAGGAGAAGCUGUAUGUUUUCUUUGCAAACAUUUGUCCGGAGGCAGGUGAUCAGUACAGACAUUUGAACUCUCAUUUCAGUGUUUGAAGAAGAAAGAAAUUUGACUACUUAGCAGUUCACUGGGAGCUCUGCAUGAGAAACAGAACAGAAGUUCAUGUGGGUUUUUUUUCCUCUUUCCAUUGUGUUCAUUUCCCUCUCCUUGGUUAAUUAUGUUGUAUCUUUUGCGGUUUGUUUUACCCCAAACAUUUUGGAAUAAAAAAAAACAAAACGU